CUUUCAGUCUAAAAAAAGCUAUAACGACCGUACGUCGUACGUUCUAUUGAACGGAGGAUGGUAGACCGUACGUCGUACGUUCUAUUCGACGGAGGAUGGUAGACCGUACGUCGUACUUUCCUGUAAAUAGCUUAGCGUCCGUUAGUUCCGUUGCGCUUAUUUUAGUGAGUUGAAGUCGUGACCAGUGGGCUCUACUUCUCUCGAAAUGUUCUUUUGUAAUUUAAUCAUCCUAAUUUUAAUGUAAUUACUAAUUACCUCUUUCGGUCGUCCGGGACUCGGUGGGCUCUUCUGGUUUUUGGGAGGGCGGACAGCGGCGAAUCCGGCGAUCGGAUAAAGAAGGGGCGAUUUGUAAAGGCAAUUACGUGGGUACGACACGGCGCAUGUACAGCGAGUUGAUGGUUUUGUCGAAGAUUCUUCAACAAGAGUGACGGCACUUGAAUGAGAGGCUACGCGGCUUGGUGAGAGAGAGAGAGAGAGAGAGAGAGAGAGAGAGAGAGAGAGAGAGAGAGAGAGAGAGAGAGAGAGAGAGAGAGAGAGAGAGAGNGAGAGAGAGAGAGAGAGAGAGAGAGAGAGAGAGAGAGAGAGAGAGAGAGAGAGAGAGAGAGAGAGGCAGCGAGUUUUUAAUUAGAAUCCGGCGAUCAGUUGAGGGAGAGUAACUGUUCCAUUUACUGUUUGUAACUUGUUUGUACUGAAGCAGAGUUGAUGCAGGUUAACGACUGUUCGCGGUAGUGUGAGCGCACUACCUGCCUUUUUUUUUUUGUUUUUUUUUUUAGUUUUGUUUUCUUUUACCUUGAACUUGACAAUGAUUCGAGCGCAGUACCUGCUAGGAGAGCAAUAGCAGCAGUUUUUUUCUUUCUUUUUUUUUUUUCUCGGAAAAGAAAGGUCGGCAGCUUUCAAGUUGAGAGAUCAUUGUGAAACUGACGGCCCCCUCCAUUCAAGCAUUUUGUUCCUAUGGGUUCCAUCUGCGUUCGAACACAGGUCACCAUUUCAAUUCAACAGUUGAUGGGUGUACCAACUGAGGCAACUCAGGUCUGCGUUUCAACAGUUCAGAGGACCUGGUCGGCAUUUUCGUUCAUCUGGUUCGAUGUGUGUGGAUUCGAACUCAGGUCUGCAUUUCAACAGUUCAUAGGACGGCAUUUUCGAUGAUCAUCUGGUUCGAUGUGUGUGUGGAUUGGAACUCACGUCUGCAUUUCAACAGGUCAUGGGUGGUACCAACUGAGAUAGGCCAGCUAGUAAUAGCACUAGUUUGCUGCGAAACCGAAGGAGUCUCUUCUUUUUUUUUUCAGUUUUUUUUUUUUUUUUUUUUUUUUUUUUUUUUUUUUUUUUCCCUAGAAGACUAGGAGUGCCUUUUUAUUAGGGCCCAGUGCCCAAGGCCAGAAAUAAAAAUGGUACAGGUUCCGGAUUCAGGGCCUUUCCGACGAGUUAAAACGAAUAGCAAUAGCAAUAGCAAUAGCAAUAGUUUGCG